UCAUGGCUCCGCCCCUCGCCCUGACGCCCUGCUCCAAGGCAUACCCGCCUCCUUCUGACAGACGCGCGACGGCGAGCUGCGGAGGUGUUCGUUCCUGCAGCUGCGGCAGCCGUGGGUGCCGCGGGGACGAACAGGUCCCUAGAGCCCUGCGUGUCUGCUCCGGCUGGCAGUAGAAGGAGCCUCUCCUGCCUUCCCCUUCUGAGUACCUGGGAUUUGAGAUCCAGAAGCAGCAAAGAUGUCCAAUGAGCCACCCCCUCCUUAUCCUGGAGGCCCCACAGCCCCCCUUCUGGAGGAGAAGAGUGGAGCCCCACCGACCCCAGGCCGCACCUCCCCAGCUGUGAUGCAGCCUCCUCCGGGCAUGUCGAUGCCCCCCACAGACAUUGGUCCCCCACCCUAUGAGCCACCGGGUCACCCAAUGCCUCAGCCUGGCUUCAUCCCCCCGCAUAUGAAUGCAGAUGGCACCUACAUGCCUCCAGGUUUCUACCCUCCUCCAGGCCCCCACCCACCAAUGGGCUACUAUCCACCAGGGCCCUACCCACCAGGGCCCUACCCUGGCCCUGGGGGCCACACCGCCACAGUCCUAGUUCCCUCAGGGGCUGCCACCACAGUGACAGUACUGCAGGGAGAGAUCUUCGAGGGCGCCCCUGUACAGACAGUGUGUCCCCACUGCCAGCAGGCCAUCACCACCAAGAUCUCCUAUGAGAUCGGCCUGAUGAACUUCGUGCUGGGCUUCUUCUGCUGCUUCAUGGGGUGUGAUCUGGGCUGCUGCUUGAUCCCUUGCCUCAUCAACGACUUCAAGGAUGUGACGCACACAUGCCCCAGUUGCAAAGCCUACAUCUACACGUACAAGCGCCUGUGCUAACGGAGCCGGGACUGGACUCCGUGCUCAGGUACUGCAGCAGGAGCAGCUAUGGCACUGGACUGGGACAGGCCAGGGACAAGGAAGGAGCAGCCCCUGGUGGAAGUGCCCUGGUGGACACCUGCCCUGGGCCUGAGCCCACACUGUAUAUCGUGAAUGGUUUGUCUGUGAAUUCGCUCAUGUGGACCGCUGUAUCCUGCUGCCGCCCCUCUCCUGGUCUCGCACUGCCACUGCAUGGCCUCCUGUCACUGUGAAUCAUGGCUGGUCUCAGUUUGUAGUUUCUCAUUAAAUUGGCCCUUUCACUCCCCUGCCCGGGGCCUCUGCUCUCUUGGCUGGCUUCCUUCUUUGAUGGAAAGAGGGUGGGGGCUAGAAGUGGUCUAAGGCUUGAGUCCUCAGGGUCUUUGUGCUUGUGCUGCACUGACUGCCCAGGGAUGACAAUAUCUGAUUAAACCACACCCAAACCCAGCGUGGACAACCCGUGGGGUUCUACCUAUGACUGGGCCAGGGUAGGAUUUGGCUUUCACUGCACUCAAAGAGCACCUUCCUCUCUCUGACACCGGUUUCACCCAUCUCCACGCCAUGGCAUCUCCCCACAUCGUCUGCAGGCUGGAGCCCACUGGCUUGAGCUCAGGGUCACCCCGCCCUGCAGGCAAAUACCCUUGCUCCCUUAAGGAAGACAGAGUCACUGGGGCUGAGGCCUCUGGUCCGAAGGCUAAUGGGGGCAGCCAGUCAGCCCCCAGGUUCUGAGCCAGCUCCCUCCCUACCCCUUAUCUGAACUGUGAAAAUGGGUAGGCUUGGCCAGUAGUUG